AUGCAAGCCUCCCCAUCCAAAGCCCGCGCCCAAGCUCUGGAAUCACACUCCUGGUCAGUGGUUCUCUCAUGGCUAUCGAACCUCUACUACCCCUCGCCCAUUCCUUCCUUCGAAUGCAAUACGACGACCCUCAGAGCAUUACAAAGUCUGAUGACCGAAAAUCUCGCCGUAGAACGAACUCGAGAACUUCUCUACAAUGCGCGAAUCGAAGAACUUGUCUUGGCCACUCAAAAUGGAGAGCAGAUUCGUGCUCAACCUCCCGACGGAAGUGAUGCAGGAUCCCUCCUUUCACUCCUCGAAUCCUAUCUUCCACCAUCAUCAAAACGGGCCCUGGACUCUCUCGCGAACUCCGCCGUUCUCCUGGGUUGCCAUCUCUCCCCUUCAAGUCCGGCUUCUACUCCUGGAAUCCUACAGAAUCUUCAGUCUCAAAUCCUCGCUCUUCCCAGACAAACAUUCAAUCUGGAGUCCCAAAUCUCAGCCAUCGACACUCUCACAUCCACUCUGAGUACCGAAAUAGCCCAGACCGAACAAUGUCUCUCGGGCUGGUCAGCAGACCCCUCCGAUCCAGAGACAACUUCACCCCCAUCCUCACCGUCUCCAACGAAUACUAGGAUAGACUACUCGGCCCUUCACGAUCAAACACGGCAGCACCAGCGUGAAGCCAAUCAACUCAUGCUGAAAUCUGCCGAGUAUAAAGACCGCAUCGCAGCGCUGGAGCGCCAAGGGGCCGGCGGCGCCAGCGCUCAAACUAUUCAAGGCCCUACGCUCACAGAUCUGGCUAUUAAGCAGGAUCUCGUCGAACGGAAAAAGAAACAGGCCGAGGCCCUGGAGAAGAAGAUCCUGGCGUUCCACGGAUUACCGCCCGACUUGGAGGUGUCGAGGGCAGAGGUUCUGCGUGCUCAAACGGAGCUGGAUGCCUUGAAGAGGCGGAGAGAUGAGCUGUUCGAGAAGAUGGGCGGAUAA